AUGGACACCUAUCCCACUCCUACUCAAGGAAGCGGGAUUAUAAAUAAUAAGGGUUUUUCACAAAAAGGUAGUCUGAAAAAACACAGUCGUGUUCAUACUGGGGAAAAACCUCCUUGUAGUAUAUGUAAUAAGAGUUUUUCAGAAAAAAGUAAUAUGACUGAACAUAGUCGUGCUCAUAUUGGUGAAAAACCUUAUUCUUGUACAUCUGAAUCAACACAGUCUUGUUCAUACUGUAUAUGUAAUAAGAGUUUUUCUCAAAGUCAGCAUCUAAAUCAACAUAGUCUUGUUCAUACUGGUGCGAAGCCUUAUUCUUGUAGCAUAUGUAAUAAGAGUUUUUCUCAAAGACAGCAUCUAAAUCAACACAGUCUUGUUCAUACUGGUGGGAAACCUUAUUCUUGUAGUAUAUUACAGUCAACCCCACUUAAAGGAAUACCAUUGGUUCCAGCCAACUCUAUUCCAUUAAGCAGUCGUGUCCAUACUGGUGGGAAGCCUUAUUCUUGUAUUAUAUUUUGUAAGAGUUUUUCACGAAAGUUUUCUCUGACAAAACAGAAUUGUGCUCCAACUGGUGAGAAACCUUAUUCUUGUAAUAUAUGUAACAAGAGUUUUUCAUUAAGAGGUAGUUUGACUCAGCAUAAUCGUCUUCAUAUUGGUGUGAAACCUUGCUCGUGUAGUAUAUCGAAUAAAGCUUUUUCAAGAAAGAAUUAUCUAACUAGUCACAGUCAUGUUAUUGCUAUUUAA